UAUAUAUAUAUUUCUAUUAUAUUUACUUCACCAAUCACCACCAUACCUUCCCACACUCUUCUUCCAAGUGAAGUUAUUAGCCAAAAUUACAGAGAGGAAGAAGAGUGCUGCAAAUGGAAGAGAUUGUGGUGGAGAGUCUUCUUAGAGGUAACAGAGAGGCUCAAAUAGAAGCAGCUAUAGAGCUGAGUAAUCUAAGCAGGAAGCAAAGACAAAAAAUGUCAGAAAGAGAAAUCAUUUCUCCUUUACUCUCAAUGUUACAAUCUCAAGACUGCAUCACAACAGAAGUUGCUCUGUCUGCAUUACUCAGCCUUGCCUUUGGAAGUGAAAGGAACAAAGUCCGGAUUGUGAAAUUUGGUGCAGUACCAAUGUUGCUAGAGAUCCUCCAGUCAGAAACGAAGAUGGAGAUAGUUGAACUGGCUAUGGCGUUUCUUCUGAUCCUCUCUUCAUGUAACAAGAACAAGGUCAAGAUAGCAUCUACCAGGUUGAUUCAGCUUUUAGUUGGGCUUAUUGUGCUCGAUAGACUAACGAUUCAGGCCAAGCUUGAUGGCAUAGCAACACUACACAAUCUAUCGACUCUGCAUCAGAUUGUCCCACUCGUCGUAGCUUCUGGAGCGCCGUACGCUCUGCUUCAAGUGAUCAGCUUCUGUGAUAAGUCUUGUGACUUGGCUGAUAAGGCAGCGGCUUUGCUCGAAAACAUAAUCUGUCAUUCGCCAGAAUCGAUCUCAGGGAUCAGUGGAGCGAUUGGGGUUCUGGUGGAAGCCAUUGAAGAAGGUUCGGGUCAGUGCAAAGAACACGCGGUGGGGAUAUUGCUCGGUGUAUGCAGCUUCGACAGAGAGACAAACAGAGGAAUGAUACUGAGAGAAGGAGUGAUGCCAGGAUUGCUUCAAGUGAGCGUAGAUGGGACACGGAGAGCUAAAGAAAUGGCUAGAGAGCUGCUUCUUCUGCUGAGGGAUUGCUCUGGAUAUGUCAUACAAGAAAAGCAGUCCAAGAUUGAGAUUGUUGAGCAGAUUAUGAGGGAGAUUGAUCAGGAAGGCGAGCGGAUACCAGGAAACAUGUUGAAGUUGGUCGAAGAGAUGAUUUCCAAACUCAGCACUUAGUCUUCUUGUGGUUCAGAUUUCAGGUCUUGUAUAUAAAUAUCAAAUCAUCUACUGUUUCUCUUCGCGGAAAGAAAGUCUUCUUCUUCUUUAUGAAUAAUUGUUACCAUAUUAUAGCUUUUGAUCCCUCUAAACAUUAAUAACCCUAUCUUCUAUUCCAAGCAAAUCCUUCCAGUA